CUGUUGAGGCUGUUGAGCGUAGCGUAAUGUAGAAACAAUGGUGACCACGGUUGUAGUGGGUUAGAAGGUUUAGAACGUUUAGAAGGCUCCUUAUAAACUAAAAAUGGCGUCAGUUAAUAGGGUUAAUAGUGUGCGUGAUAAAUUUAAUGGACGUGACGGAGCCAGUAAAGUAAGUGGUACACAAAUGGAGAGUAGUAACGAAGAGGGAGAUAUAAGUUCACAUGUCUCUUAUUCAGAACUUAUGUUUGAUGAAGACACAGACAAAGAAAUUGAAUCGUUUCUGAGACCGGAGUUAAUACCAGAAAAAGACGUAUCACAGGAUGAUGUGUUGAAGACACAACAUGCUAAUGAGCAAACGUGCAGCACUACAGCUGAUAAUCGUGCGAUUUUAACCAAGGAAGAGGUAGAUGGUGUGGCAGAAACAAAGAACUGCAUGCAAAUUGAAACAAAAAGAUGCGAGAAACGAAUUGAGAUAACUGAAACAAGUCCCAGAAAACACGUACGCAACAGCGAUGGAAAUGAUACAGGAAUUGCUGAAAAUGAUGCUAUGAAUUCUUUGAAGGAAAUGAGACAUUCUGAUGAUUCAUCAGGAAGUAAAACUGGUAAAAAAAAUAAUACGAAUGUUGCACAUGCAAAAGUAAAAGUUCUUACUGCUGAAGCGAAGUCAUUAAAGGUUCCUUCCACGAAAACUGCACUAAGUCCCAUGUGGGAUAAUUACAUUUUAGUAGUAAGUGGGAUUCCUCCAAGAGACGCUGGGCAUCUGAAGAAGGUACUGAAUGGUGUAUUGGGUGAUAAUUCUCAUAGAAUCAGACAAAGCGAGAAAGGUGCCACAGUUGUGUAUUUACAUUUCCUGAACCAGCAAGAUAUGAAAGUUGCAAGAGCACAUCUGCACAACCAAAGGAUUGCAAACUACAAGCUGACUGUGACAGUCGACAGACCUUCAGGACUGAAACAGAAAUUUGAAGGUAAUCAUGAAGGACCAGCCGUCAAGAGAAUGAGGAAGCAGAAAAAAUUAUUACAGUUCUUUGAGAAGUCUUACGAAGAACAGAUAGAACUUAAGACGGCAGACAUUCGUACUAAACUACAUGAUUUAAAUAGAUAUAUUGCCAAAAAAUCGCCAGAACUCUCAAAUUUUAUUCGUCAGAGACAGCUUAAACAUGGUGGAGCAAUUUGUGCUUUGGACAAAUUCAAGGACUGUUCUCCGAGUGAGAGAGUAGUGUCUGUAUGUUGGUUUGCAGUAGGUUCAGAUAAAGAGACUGGACAGCUUGUAGUAGGUAUCCAUGAAGGGAAUGGGCAUGUACGAAAGUUGUCAUCAGUAAAACAAAACUACCCAGAUCACGUGGUGAAGAUAGCAGAGGUGUUUGAGGAGUUUGUGCACACCCAAGGAAACCAGAAGAUGUGGCACAAGCUAGUGAUACAUACCAAUAGUGUCCAGGACCUGAUGCUCUUGGUGUUUCUUGACUGCACUAAUGAUGAGCUGAAACGAGUGCAUGAUGAGAUGAAAAUAUUCUUCACAUCCGGAGAGGGGAUGAAGUGUCACGUCACCUCGGUUUACAUCCGAGACAUGAACAAUCGUGACACUAAGGUAACAGCCCUGGACUUGGUAUUGGGAGAGCCAUGCCUUGAAGAUACAGUUGCUGGUCUCAAGUUACAACUUCCACCCAUAAAGCACCUCUGGAAUUCUGUCCAUGGGGCUGAGACAUUGUGCAAGGUUAUGGAAGAAUUACUGGCACCAACAAAGAAAACGACAGUGUUGGAAAUUGGCUGUGGCAUUGGGCUUGUAGGACUGCACUUGUCCAAGGUUGCAGGAGAAGUUCUGAGUGUGGACACUGAGUCAACUAUGGAAGUCGCCAAGAAGAAUGCGGCAAAUAACGGAAUCACACACUGCAAAUAUUUUGGUGGGAAGAGUGAGGACAUGAUUCAGGAACUCGUUAAGGAACAAACAUGUGAUGAGAUCUGUGCUGUUGUGAUGUUCUGCAGAAAUCGCUCUUAUAAAAUUGUGACUGCAUUGGAGCAGCUGAGGAAGGUACAGCAUCUGAACCGACUGGUGCUUGUAGAAGACAAAGCUUUUACAUUUAACACCAUACAAUCUUUGAGUGCACUUUCUAAUGAAAAAGAAAUGGGCAAUCCAUUUUUCCCUGUGAAAGUAGCUCCAGUGGACUGGCCAAACUCAAAAGGCUACUUGCUGUUGUUUCUGCUUGAGCGCAUUGGUCGUGAUGACAUGGGAACGUUUCAGAUGAAUGACAAAUCUGUGCCACGCAAGUCAGAAGUACACAGGAAAGCAAGUGCAUCAAAGAAGCGCUAUAUCAGAGGGAAGCAAGGAGGUCGACAUUUGUUACCAACCUCUGUAUGGGACAGGACAGUGUUCUUACAACCGAGCUGUGACGUGGGACCAGAGAUUAGAGCUGGGACAGCACAUAACUCUUUGUUUGAGAACACAGCUUCCAACAUGCAGUUGCAAGUAGCAGAAGAGAUCCAGAGGGCAUAUUUUGGUGCUGUUGGCAAUGUGGAAAAUGUUGCAGACAAAUUCUACCUUAGAGAGAUCAUGAUUGAAAAUCAGAGGAGACAGAUGGAGGAAGAACAAAGACGACAGAUGGAAGAGGUACGGAUACGACAGAUUCAGGAAGAAGAAUUGAAUAGACGGAUGCUUGAAGCAAAGAGGAGACAGAUCCAGGUUGAAGAAGAAGAUUGGGUUAGGCAAGUCCAGGAAGAAGAACAGAGGAGGCGAAUCCGGGACGAAGACUGGAUGAGAUGCAUCCAAGAAAAUGAACGGAGGAGACAGAUCGAGGAAGAAGAAAGGAGGAAAAUCCAGGAAGAAGAAUGGAGGAGACAAAUCCAGGAAGAAGAAAGGAAAAUCCAUGAAGAACACAGGAGAAGACUCCAAGAAGAAGAAUGGAGGAGACGAAUCCAGGAAGAAGAAUGGCGGCGACCACUUCUUGAAGAACUACAGAAGAGAGAAAUGCUGACAGAAGAACGGAAGAGGCAAAUUGAAGAAGAAUGGAUGAGUCAGAUGCGCGGAGAAAAUUAUAGGGGACCAGUUCUGGAAGAAGCGUAUAGGGGGCAAAUGGAGGAAGAGAGGGAAAGGAAGUUAGUGAGAAUGAGUUCAAACCUCAGAAGUAGAAAUGACAUGGUGGAGGAUCUGAUAGCAGACUCACUCAGAGAAGCUGCCAUACCACAGCUUUCUGCAGACGCAGCUCAGAAAGUGAAACAUCUGGUAGCAGAGGCCAUCAGGAGUGUGGGAGUGGCCAACCAAGACAAGAGACAUGAUGUCAGCACCAGCAGAGGAGUUGGUGGAAUCCAUCCUGAAAGCACAGUAUCUCGAUUUGGGAGGCCAGACAAAGAAAUGCCAGAGGCAGGAGUGUUUGAAGGGGGAUAUUCUCGACAAGUCAAGGAAGUUGAUUAUCUUCAUGAAUCUAGACAUGACAUGUAUGGAGGUGCAUUGCAAAAACAUAGCUUUGAGCAGGAUGACCUGAAGUCACAGCAGUAUUCUCUUAUCAGGAAUCAGAAAAUUAGUUCAGAGACAAGUUUAAAUCUACCAUCGAUUUUAGAUUUGAAACUGAAACCUCCAGAAGUAACUGGUGCAAGUAGUUCUGAUAUGCAGCAUCUUAGCAGGAAUCCGAGAAUUAGUUCAGAGACAAGUUUAAAUCUACCAUCGAUUUUUGAUUUGAAGCUGAAACCUCCAGAAUUAAUUGGUGCAAGUAGUUCUGAUAUGCAGCAUCCAGAAGACAAAUGCUUUUUGGAAGUCGGUAAUCAGAGGCAUGGGCAGGUACUGACAGCACAGAAUGAACUGGACAUUAAUGUGACACGUGGUCAGCAGGCUGGCAGAUUCUCUACUGCCGCAGUACAAGAUGUAGGUUCAGCAAGAAGAGACAGGAAGCCCAGGGAAUUCAACGCUCAUAUGCAACUUGACAGACUGGCUGAUAAGCAGGCUGCAGAUAUUUUUAAGAGACGUAGUGAUCUGUUCUAAGAGACCCUGAAAGCUCCAUCACACCAGGCACAACAAAUACAUGGGGCACCAGUAGCAGAUACCAGAGGGAUAGGCAUGACCCAAGUAGGAAGGAUUGUCAUGACAUGGGCUCUGCCCCAUCAUAUAAUGCAGGUUUUUCUGCUUCUCCAGGAAGUAUUGAUAUAAAGAGAUGAUAAUUUUAUGGCUAUGGAAAAAGGAUUCAGACUCAUCCAAUGUAUAUUCAGUUUGACCACUACUGGUGGAUAAUAUAACAAAUAUGUCCAAAUUGGGAAGAAUCUUCUUUCUUUAUGUCUCAUCAGAAGUAUGAUGAAAUGUUGGCAGCAUCACAUCUUGUUGCCAAACCUGUUAUUGUUGAUUGCACAAGAUAGUGUGCAGAAUGUAUUGUCGCGUAUCGGGGGUAUGACGCGACAAAUAACUUCACGAGGUAUUUGAUGUAGCGAAUUUUAUUUCACAU